GGUACAACGUACUUCCGCCUUGGGGUGAACGAACAAAGAUGGCGGGCGAUAUCAGGAAAACGAAAUUGCUGCCAAAAGUACAUUCUGUUGUCAUUUCAAUCUUGAUUUUCGUUUUCUGUCAGAACAAUCUAUCCUUUGUAUUUGGAGUGGUUGAAAUCACCUCUAAGGAGAAGCUAACGGGAGAAUGUGUAGAUUACAAUGGCAACACCAUGGCUGAUUUGGAUGAAACAACUAUUUCCUUGGGAUCAUGUGACACUAAAAUCUGUCACAAAAAGACUUCUGGAAACUACUUUGUAUCACUCAGCUGCCAUCCAUACCUCCCAGACCUGGACAAUGGAAAUUGUCAGGUAGUGGAAGACACUGGUGCACUCUUUCCAAACUGUUGCCCUACAGUGACCUGUGGUACAGGAACCGCGCCCUCCACGGUUGACCCGACAUCUUGCUAUGAUCUACAUUCAACAAAAACCUGUGAUAUUUGGUCAAACUUGACCAAUCACUGUACUGACUACACUGAGUAUGGCAUACAGAACUACACUUCUGUCUACUGCAGACAUACCUGUGGGAUUUGUUCUGUCGGAUGAACAGGCAGCAACUCAUAACAACGGAUGCCAUUCAGCAUCUUUAACAACUCCACUGUGUUUGAAACAUGACUUUAUUAUUUGUGUUGUUCUUUAGGAUAAAUGUGAUCUUAUUCUUUAACAUAGAUAUUCUUUUCAAGAGCCCUGUAAAAUUAUUUUUUGUUAAUUUAAUUCGGAUUUGGUCAAUUAGUUGAUUACAUAUAUGAAAGGUACACAAAAAUUGAUGACACUUUGAAAAAAUACCCAAGAACUGAUGUCAUAUUUGAAAGGUACACAAGAAUUGGUGACACAUUUGAAAGAUGCACAAGAUUGUAUAGUUUGAUAACUAGCCAGUUAAAUCCCAUGUUUUUUUGUAUUCUUCAGUUUGGAAUGUUAUGUGAAUCUCCAGGAUGACAAGCAUUUGAUACUCUUUCAUAAAAAUGAUAUGACAAACAAAUAUUUUCCUAUAAAUUCUGUUUAAAAAGUUAAUGUGCAAUUCUUUGAAUUUUUCAUUUAUGGGAAAUACAAUUUAAGUAGUUUUGUAGUGGCAUGAGUUAAGUUGUAUAUGUAGAUAUAUUAUUCGCUGGACGAAUAAUUUGUAACAGUAAGUAGAAAAGUAUGUUUUACAUUUACAUAAAUUAUUGUUGUUGAUCAAUAUUUAAGUUCGCUAUACGGACAUGUUGUAUAUUUUACUGUUGUUCAUAUACGUACACUGGAAUGUAUGGAUAAAAUGUGAAAAAUGCAUAUAUAGUUUAUAAUUUGAAUAGGCUUAAUUGAAAGAGAAAAAAAUAAGCACAAUGAAAUUAUAAUUAAAUUUGAAAAAUAUGUACAAAAGAAAAAUGGUUGGAUUUCCAAUUUUCCUUAAUGAAAUACUUGCAACAGAAUUAGUUAUUGUACAUAUAAUUAAAUGUUGCAGAAAUAAAAAUUUCCAUAGUAUCUGAUUUCGAAUAAAAUACAAUUUGUAAUUAUGAAUUCAUAAUUAGCAUACUGACCGAUCCAUCACAUAAAAUGUAAGGCAUGGAAAUGAAAUAUGAACACAGCUAAUAGUAAGUAAUUGUAUAAUAAACAUUACUUUAGAUUAAUGUUUUGUGAAUUUAACAUUGAAAUGUUCACUUCAAUUCCCUUUAAACACUAUUGUAUAGAGACACAUUCUUAACUUUAUUAAUGUUAUACUUUUUUAGCUCACCUGGCACGAAGUGCCAAGUGAGCUUAUGCCGUGGCGCGGCGUCCGUCGUCCAUCUGUCGU